AUGGUCGACCAACACCGCCUAUCUUCCGGCGGACUGCCCAACGCACCGAACCAUGAGCCGUCAAACCUAUGGAUCCGGCGCACACCCAACGGGCCUCAUGUGCCUCCCAUCAAUCAAGCCAAGCGUGGGGCGAGUCCUACAUCCAAUGACUGCAAGCCCAACGUCAGACCCAAGAAUGUUGCCCCCGAUCCGGCCCAGGCAGCUCGCAGCCAACUAACAACCACCGUUGACGAGGAAGAACUGAAUGAACCAGGCCAGUCAGGUGGCCCCGGGUCCCAUACCGACACCCCAACCCAACAGGAUCCCACCAGCCCAACCUCCCAUACGAAUGGCCCCGCCGCAAGCCCAUGUGCCUAUCGGCGCCGAGCUUGA